ACCAUGUAAACUUGCCAUAUAUUGCAUGCACAAAGCAGAAUCAAAGUCAUUGCAACCACACCCUCUUCUAACUAUUAUUAAUUAUAGAAUCAAAUUCAUAAAUGACCAUUAAGUAAAAGAAUAUCACACCUUCCUCCUAAUUUCUCUCCUUCUAUAUAUGUACCUUGCCUUCACUAACAAGCCUUCAAACUUCAAACCCCUUUUUCUCUUGCUUCUUCAACCAUGUUCAACCACCCUUGUUUUUCUUGCUAUCUAUGUGAACGUGAUCACUGCCUUCAUCAUCAUCGUUAUCAUGCUUUUGAGGGGCAAAACCAGAUACCCUUUUACAAGAAUCAUCGGGUUAUUGAUAUUGAUACCCUUCAGCUUCAAGAGGCUUUUUCUCGUGUUUCAUUAACACCCCACAAUAAUAAUCCUGAUUUUUCUGGUCAACGGUCAACCUUCGAUGAAGAAGAAGAAGGGUACGAAUACAAGUACCCUUUUGUUUCUCCUAAUCCUUCAUCCUAUUUGGUGCCUCCAUCGAUGCAACAUUCUAACACAGUUCCAAUGAAUGAGUCUUUGAUGAUCAAUGCUAAUAAUAGCAGAAGAAAUGUUCAUCGGAAUUUCAAUGGUACUAGGAGUCCACAGAGUUAUUGGUCUCAGCGUCCUUGUUCGUCCGUGAAUUAUUUGAGGGGGAAGAUUCUGGAUUUGGCUAAGACUCAAUGUGGAUGCAGGGUUUUGCAGGACACCAUGAAAGGGUUAACAUCAAAGGAAGAGGUUUUUGUUUUUUUCCAAGAGCUUGUUGAUCAUAAUGUGAUUGAGUUGAUGGGGCACUCUUUUGGGAACUACGUUUUUCAGAAGUUGGUUGAGAUUUGCAGUGAGGAACAAAUCACUACCAUUGUUUUCAAUGCGACUAAGAAUGUCCUUAAGUUUGUGAAUCUUUGCCUUGACAUUCAUGGUACUAGGUCUGUUCAGAAGUUAUUGGAGCAUGUAACAAACCAAGAACAAAGAUUAUGUAUAAUGUCGGCGCUGACACCAAGUGUUGUUGCUUUGUCUACUAACACGAAUGGUCUUCAUGUGGUUGAUCACUGUGUCAAGCAUUUCUCAAGUGAAGAUACUAAGUAUAUGCUGAACAUUGUAGCAACCAACUGUUUCAAGAUUGCAACAGAUAAAAGUGGUUGCUGUGUAAUUCAGCAAUUUGUUGACCAUGCUCCCGGUGAAUCCAAAGAUUUAUUGAUGGCUGGGAUCAUACUAAAUGCUCCACUCCUCGCCGAAAACUGUUAUGGGAACUAUGUGGUGCAACAUUUAGUGUCACUGAAAAUAGCAAGAGUGACAAAGAGUCUGAUGAAACAGCUAGAAGGCAAGUUUGUGUCAAUGUCAUGCAACAAGUAUGGUAGCAAUGUUGUGGAGAAGUUCUUCCAAGAUUCAGGGGAAAGCCAUUCAAGGAGCAUUAUCUUAGAGUUGCUACAUUAUCCAAAUGUCUCAAUGCUUCUUGUGGAUCCAUAUGCUAAUUUUGUCAUCAGUUCUGCAGUCAUAGUUUCCAAGGGUGGCACACAAGAGGAACUGCUUAAGGUGAUUAAACAACAUUCUCCAAUGAUGCGUAGCAACCAUUAUGGCAAGAAACUACUUGGUAGAUUGAGGAAAUUCCUAUGUCACGUUUAGUAGACAUAAAUGACUAUGUUUUGAUAUGUAAACUCUGUAAUAUCACACAUAACUCUUAGGAGCUGCACCUCUUUAUUUGUUGUCGUGUUAUUUUCUUCCUAGUUUCAAGUAUUUUCUUCCAAUUUUUUUGGGUUCACUUUGUUGCGGGAGAAGAAUUUGCUGCAUGAAAUUAAUUGUAUGUAGAGGUUUGACUAUACAAAAGAUCCUUUUAUUAUGUAUGAUGAGAUGGAA